GUAACAUUUCGUACUUACAUCCGUUUGGAACACAACUAUAUACCACCUCAACCAGCUAAAAUGUCAACUAUCAAACUGCAAUCUGCCGAUGGAGAAGUGUUCGUCGUCGAUAUUCGGGUCGCCAAAUGUUCAAAAACCAUCAAAACCAUGAUAGAGGAUCUGGGCAUGGACGAAAACUACGGCGAAGUGGUACCGCUGCCGAACGUGAAUGCCUCCACCUUGCGAAAAGUGCUCGAGUGGGCCAAUUUUCACAAGGACGAGUUCGAUGAAGCGUUAGACAAUUCGGACGAACCGUACGGACACACCGAUGGCAUCUGCGAUUGGGACCGGGAGUUUUUAGGAGUCGAUCAGAGAGUGUUGUUUCAAUUAAUGCUGGCCGCUAAUUAUUUGGAUAUCGCAGAAUUGUUGGACGUGACAUGCAAAACGGUGGCUAACCUAAUCAGGGGAAGAACGCCAGAUGAGAUCAGGAACACGUUUCACAUUAAGAACGAUUUAACACCGGAAGUAACAAACCAAAUCCGGAAGGAGAACGAGUGGUGCGAGGAAAGAUAAUAUGUAUCAAUAAAUAAAGUGUAAAGUAUUUAA